UCUAUUACAUCAUGUUCUAUAAAUGCCUAAUCUGAAAAUAUGGCAAAUUGUGACUCGCCAUCAGAAAACACAUCGUAAUAACUUUCUGGAAAGCCACCUUCACAUCUCCUGUUUGUCCCCUCAGGUUUUUCUUUAAGAUGUUUAGGCUACUGACGAGUAAGGUUAGUAUGUUGUAAAGUUUGACUUUUGGCUAAGGGCAAGAAAUGCGUCACUGUCUAUAAGGCCACGCCUGCAUGAGCAGCCGUGAAGAAGGAACUAAAUUCACCAUUGUGGUACCAGCAGCAGCUACAGCCAUAGUGAUUCUUCACAUUUAACGUAACAGCUAUUUGGAAAGCUGAUUGACCUCAGCCAGACUUGCCAGGUCCCAUCAUGGGUGUCACCUACUUCCUACUUCUGAGCUGUAUUGGCCUUGCCAUUACUGUUCAAGCUCAAGACUGUUCCAAACCCCUGGCAGGGCCCAACAUGGAUUUGAAGGGCAGUGAUAACCUUUUACAAACAUUCCCAAAUGGGACCAAAGUUUCUUUUGCCUGUGAUCCUGGUUACGUGUCUGCAGGAGGGUCUGCAGUCAUCACUUGUAAUGCUGGCACUUGGACUCCCGUGAGGCUUAAAUGCGAGAAGAGAAACUGUGGUUCCGCUGGAGAAGUGAAUAAUGGACACAUUGAUUACCCUACAGGGACUGAUUUUGGCGAUUACACAGUGAUCACUUGCAACGAAGGUUACAGAUUUGUUGGCAACAGUAAAAUCCUUUGUGGUGUCCUAGGGUGGGACGGAAGGUUGCCUGAAUGUGAAGUGGUGACUUGUUAUCCACCACCUACGGUUGAACAAGGCACUUUCAGUCCGGUCGAAGACGUCUAUGAAUAUAGAGAAACUGUAAAGUACAGUUGUCAAAGUGAUUAUACACUCAAUGGAUCUAUAACAAUAUCAUGUUCAGAUGAUGGGACAUUUGUACCUGAUCCUCCAAAAUGUGUCAAGGUUCAAUGUGGUGAUCCUGCCAUUGAAAAUGCCAACUGGGUUGACGGUUCUCGACCCCCUUAUGGAUACAAGGCUACGGUGAAAUACCAGUGCAACCCCGGAUAUGUUAUGACAGGACAGAGUACCGUGACAUGUGAUAUUAAUAGUCAGUGGUCACCUGGACUUCCAUAUUGUAAUAAAACAAUAAACUGCGGUUCUGCUGUAAAAGUGGAAAAUGGACGUGUUGAGUACCCUAAAGGGACUGACUAUGGCAGUGAAGCUGUGAUCAGCUGCAACACAGGUUACAGAUUGGUUGGCAAAAGUAAAAUCCUUUGUGGUGUCCAAGGGUGGGACGGAAGUUUGCCUGUAUGUGAAGUGGUGACUUGUGAUCCACCACCUGUGGUUGAACAAGGCACUUUCAGUCCAAAGAAAGAGACUUAUAAAUUUAAAGAUGUUGUACAGUACAGUUGUCAAAACAAUUAUACACUCGAUGGAUCAAUGUCAUUAUCAUGUUCAGAGGAUGGGACAUUUGUGCCUGCUCCUCCUAAAUGUAUCAAGGUUCAGUGUGGUGAUCCUGUCAUUAAAAAUGCCAAAUGGGUUAAAGGUUCUCGACCCCCUUAUGGAUACAAGGCUACGGUGACCUACCAGUGCAUAUCUGGAUACUUUAUGACAGGACCAAGUACCCUGACAUGUGAAAUGAAUAGUCAGUGGUCACCUGGACUUCCAGAAUGUCAAAAAGAGGGUCAUUGUGGUGAACCUGUCAUUGAAAAUGCCAAAUGGGUUGAAGGUUCUCGACCCCCUUAUGGAUACAAUGCUAAGGUGACCUACCAGUGCAUAUCUGGAUAUGUUAUGACAGGACCAAGUACCCUGACAUGUGAAAUGAAUAGUCAGUGGUCACCUGGACUUCCAGUAUGUCAAAAAGGCAAUAACUCCAAUGUCUUGGGUAUCACACUGGGUGUUCUUGGGGUCAUUGUGAUUAUCAUCACUACCUGUGGAUGCUAUCACUGUGGAUUCCUGGCAUUCAUCAAGAAAAAGCAACGCUCUCGGAGAGACUAUCCUGGCGAGGGGGAUACAAAAGAAGGAGAGGGAGUAGCACUCUCGUAAGCGGCGUAGUCCUGUUACUCCAACAUUGCUGGAUGUAAAGAGGAUUGGUUAAGAAGAGGAAAAUCACUGGACUAGUAUUUGAAUGUACUUGUGCUGUGCAUGUGGAUGGCAGUGGCUUAUGAAACCCCCUAUAAAUUAGUUUCUGAACGCCACUCAGAAAAAUCUCAGUGAACUGAGCUCAGUCCUUAGCUUGUGUGUUAAGUAGUUCCCCUGAUUUGUUGACAUUUUCCAUCUUUCAUAAGCCACUCAACCACUUUUCAGUUCUGUAAUUAUGAAGGAAUGAGAUUUAAUGUUUAUCAGAGAGGCUUAAACUUCACAUUGAUUUUCAACUUGCACUAUUCAGCACAGAGCAUGGCUCUGCUUGGCCAAAAUACCACAGUUAUACCGAUGUCUUACAAUAAACAAAAUCAUUAAAAAUGUUUGCGUAGUUAACCUUAAAUAUUGCUGGCUCCUAGCCGAUAAACCAGUCCUCCCGUCUUGUAGAUUAAACUUCGACCUUUACAGAGAACACAAUGGGAUCUGUAGAACAGUGCCUGCAAAUAAAACAUGUUCCAUAUGCCUUAAAACAGAAAGCCAAGUGUUUUAGAUUGUUGUGUGUUUGCCUGUCAAUUGCAUAAAUGUGAACCUACUUGUUAGUUAAUAGAGGCUUAAUUGCUGGCCUAACUUAGCUUAUUGUUUAUGCUCAAUAAUUGGCCAUGUUUAAUGUUGGCACGUUGGGUUUUUUUUGUGCCCUGUAGAUUCACCAAAUUAAGUUAAUCAGUUUUCCAUGACAAAGAAGGUUGUUUUUUUUUUUUUUUUGUUUUUUCUUACAAAUUAUUUGUUUCCAGAUUGUAAAAAGAGGAAUACUUUUGAGUAAUAGGACAUGUGUCCAUGGUAAAGAGGUGUGUGUGUGUGUGUGUAUAUAUAGACUAUGAUCUCUGAAAUAUUUGCACUUGCUUGGCUUUUUAUCUUUAUUUAUUUAACUAAAAUGUGUCAGAAGAUGUUCACACACCCUUUUGUAAUCAGUGAAAUAAAACAUGAUAACAAAGA